GUUCAAUGUGCACAUUUUGUGCACAUAGAGGCGCUGAUGGAUGAAAACACCUAACGCUACGAGGCAUUUAAAUUCGCCGUUUUCAGGCGGUUGCCUGUCGUCACAUGGCAUAACGGUGGCGGUCUCUUUCCAGGAAGAGUGUUGGCGCGUAACAUUACAAUUGUUUUUCGCACUCGUUAUACUCGGCUGUUCCUGAUCCUGACGACGAUUCUAUCACGUGACGCGUCGAGUUCACCGCAAAUCUUGAUUUCUUUAGAGGUCUACAUUUUCGACGACGCGAUGGCAGCGAAACCGCCGAAAAGAGCACCAAAAAAGAAAGGAGGUUAUCAAAUGCCCGAGCCGAUACGGGCAGGAGAGAUUCUCAGAGACAUAUCGAAGGGCGAAUGGAUCCUCGGCGAGUCAAUUGGCGUCGGCGGUUUUGGGGAGGUUUAUUCGGCUGCACCGUAUACUGGAAAAGUUCCCAAAGACAACAAAGAUUAUCCUAAUGUCAUAAAAAUUGAACCACAUGGAAAUGGCCCAUUAUUUGUAGAAAUGCAUUUUUACAUGAGAAACUGUAAAUCUGAUGAAAUUGCUACAUGGCAGAAAAAGAAGAAACUUACUACACUCGGAAUUCCUAGAUAUAUUGCUUCUGGUAGUCAUGAAUAUAAAAAUACAAAAUAUCGAUUUUUAGUAAUAGAUCGAUAUGGACAAAAUUUAUGGAAAAUAUUUGAGGAAAACAGACAGUUUCCAGAACACAUUGUAUAUAAAUUAACUUUACAAAUAAUAGAUAUAUUGGAAUACAUUCAUCAUAAAAACUAUGUACACGCUGAUAUUAAAGGAGAAAAUUUGUUAUUAGACUGGAAAUCUUAUGAUCAAGUCUAUUUAGUCGAUUUUGGUUUAGCUUCUCGCAUUACAUCCAGCACUGAAUUAAAAGUUGACCCAAAGAAGGCGCACAAUGGCACUUUACAAUACACGAGUAGAGAUGCUCACAUGGGAGUACCAACACGUCGUGGUGAUAUUGAAGUUUUGAGUUAUAAUAUGAUUAUGUGGUUAUGUGGUUCUUUACCGUGGGAAAAGUUACUUGAUCCAUCUACCGUUCAGAAAGAAAAAGAAAAAGCUUUCAAUAAUAUAGAUAAUUUUCUGAAUAAGUGUUUUCAAGGAUCUGCUCCACAGGCUGUCCACAAAUUCAUGGUUUUAUUAGCCAGUAUGAAAUUUAAUGAGAUACCAUCUUACGACAAAUUGAAGGAAACUUUAAUAACUGGUUUAAAGAACUUGGGUCAUAAACCAGAUGGAAAAUUAAAAUUAAACAGCAUUGUAUCAACUAAACAAAUCAUUCCUAAAGAUACUCCGAAAAAAAUAAAGAAACCGCAAGAAAUGAAGAAGAUAAAUGGAGUGAGAAAGAGUCCCCGAAAGAAAGAUGUAGAUGUUCCGAGUUCUAUAAAAGACUCAAGAAAAAGUACCGUAGGUAUUGUAAUUGACAAGAAGCGUGGUAAUCUAAAGGAUAUUCAAAAAGCAUUAAAUGAAAUGGAUUCUGAUGAUGAAUAUGAUAUUCAAAUUCUUAAAAAAGCAAAAAAAACAGACUCUACUGAAAGAGUAAGUACAACAGUGAAGAAUACAAUUCCAUCACAUAGAAAAAAAGCUUCAGUCGAUUCAGUCGUAGAUACUGAAGAUAAUUCUGAUAUAGAGCCGUUACGAAAACGUUUAAAUAAAACGCGACAAAAAAAGCUAAUCACAAGCAAAGUAAAACGAAAGAUCAAAUCUUUAGACGAUUCAGAAACUACUUCUGAAACUGAGAUUGUAUCAAAAGGAACAAAGUCAAGACCAGCUGGGAGAAAUAAAGUAACCACAAGUAGGUUACAGUCCAAUAAAGUAAUAUCCAAGAAUGAAAGUCUGUCAGACGAAGAUAUAUUCGACUAGAAAUAGUUUCAUAAAGAAAAUUAUAGUAAAGUACAAUUAUUGUGGUAUUUGUACUACAAAACAUUAUAUAACUUGCAUUUAUACAUUACACGCUUUUGUACAUGGCCUCUAAUGCAUUUGAUACUAAUAAUCACUAAUACAAUAUCAUUUACAACAUGUUGAGCAUGACAAUAAUGACGAUAGUGACGACAUUUCAGAUUUUGUAUAUAUGUGAAUAGUUUCCAAAAGUAAAAAAAUUCGAAACAACAUUGUUAUAAGUAGUUAUAAAAACUAUUUCUGGUACUUUUUACGUUAUACUUCAUAUUUUUUAAUAAAAUAAAAUGUUGAAUGCACAUUGUUGAACCAUGUUUAUUUUUGUAUGUGCCGAAAUACAGAGCACUUAAAAUACCGUGAUAAUAAAUAAUAAAAUGUUUCAUUGU